CCCCAGCUGGCCCCGAACGCGGAAGUGCGGAGCCUGCGCUGGGGGAGCCGCGAGCGGAGCAUGGAGGAGCCGUGUGGGGCGGACGGGCUGGCUGGGGAGGCCGCAGCCCCCCAGGAGCCCGGCGUGUCGGUGGAGGCAGUGGGCGCGGAGCCGCAGCCGGACCCCGGGGGGACGAUCCAGGCGCUGCGGGGGGAGCUGGCGGCCGCGCUGGCUGAGGUGGAGACGCUGCGAGCCGUGGCCACCGUGAGCGAGGGCACCAAGCAGGAGGCCGUGGCCGCCGUGCGGCGCCAGUGCCAGGAGGAGGUGGCCUCGCUGCAGGCCAUCCUCAAAGAAACCAUCAGCAGCUAUGAGGCGCGCCUGGAGGCCCUGCAGCAGGAGCAGCAUGGUGGGGGUUCAUGGGGGGGCCGGGAGCUGAGCCGCCUGCAGCAGCAGCGGACGCAGGGAAACCCCCUGGACUCGCUGGAGCGGCAGAUGGAGAAGGCGCAGGAGGACUCCGAGCGGCUGCGCAGCAUCGUGCUGCCCAUGGAGGAGGAGAUCGCCCAGCUCAAGAGCAAACUCUCCCGGGCUGAGGGGAUGAUCCAGGGAUUGCGGGGGCCUGAGGGCUCGCUCUGUGGCUCGUCGGAGUCCCUGCUGUGUGACGCAGAGGCUCCCAGCCGGGUGCCCCCUGCCCACCCUGGGGGAGAGGGGGAUGAAGGCUCCGGACUGGAGGGCGAGGAGGAACCGGGAGGGGGCCUGGCCUUCGCCCGCGGCUGCGACAGCGUCUCCAUCAUCUCCAUCGCCAGCUCCAGCGCUGGCUCCCCCCGGCCCCGGCGCCGGCCCAGCCCGGAGCACGAGGACACGGCCUCCCUGCUGUCCACCGGCACCCUGGUGCCCGAGAGCAUCUACCUGCCGCCCCCCGGCUUCCAGCUGGUGCCUGAUGGGGAGUGGACGCAACUGCAGCAGGAGGCCAGGCGGUACCAGGAGUCCCUGCAGCAGCUGAGCGAGCAGCUGGAGGCAGCGACGCAGGAGAAGCUGGGACUGCAGGAGGCGCUGAGACGGAGCAGUGAGGACUGUGCCAAGCAGGUGCUGGUGCUGCUGGAUCAGAUCCAGAACUCGGAGCAGCUGCUGCAGAACCUGCAGGCGACCGUGUCCCAGACCCAGCACCGGACCCAGGAGCAGAUAGCCGACCUGGCGUCAUCUCACAAGCGACUCAGCUACGAGGUGCAGCGGCUGAGCGAGGAGAACGAGGGGCUGCGAGGCUCCCGGCCGCCCCCGACCCCUCCUGAAGAGCCGCUACUGCCGAGCUCCGUGCAGGAGCUGCAGGCCCUGGUGCGCCGGCUGCAGGAAGAGGCCGGGACCCUGCGCCGAGCCAGCGAGCACCGUAACGAGCGGCUGCGCAUUGAGAUCGUCACGCUGCGUGAGCAGCUGGAUGAGGAGGAGGCUGCCCGGGCCCGGCUGCAGGGGGUUCUGGAGGCCCAGCUGGGGGCCCAGCGCGAGGAGAGCCAGCUCAUGGAGGCCUCCCUGUGCAGCGUCCGGUCGGAGAUGGAGCGGCUACAGCAGCAGCUGGGGCAGGCAGAGCAGCGGGCGCAGGCGCUGGAGCAGGACAUGCAGCGGCUCCAGGGGGACCUGACCCAGCGUGACCAGCAGGGCCAGGCCUGGGAACAGGAGAAGGCCAGGCUGGAGGCAGCGCUGUCCGAGCAGCGGGGGAAGCUGCAGCGGUUGCAGGCGGAGCUGGACACCAGUGAGCAGGUGCAGAGAGACUUUGUCCGCCUCUCGCAGACUCUGCAGGUGCAGCUGGAGCGGAUCCGCCAGGCCCCCUCGCUGGAGCAGGUGCGCAGCAUUGUGGAUGGGACGCGGCUGAAGGAUGUAGCAGAUCUCAAGGAGCCCUGAAAGGCUGGGACAGCAAGGGGCCUCCCCUUGGGGGGGCACAGAUGCCACCCACCCUCCCCCUGUGCGGGCACAGACUCCAACCCCUUCCCCUCCCCACUAGGGGGGCCUUGGACACUGCCCAUGCCCCGGGCCAGGCUCUGAGUGGCCAUCCUCUACUAACCCCUCUCCCCAGGCACCUGUGGGGGAUUGGGGCUGUCAGCCUGGAGAAAUGGGUCCCAGCCCCUCUCUGCCCUCUCUCCCCCCAAGCUCAGGGAUGGUGCCCCCCACCUGCACACUAACCAAAGAUGCAGCUGCUGUCCACCCCCCCUUCCCCACUCACGCAAGAGCGAGGCCUAUGGGGGAGGGAGUCAUGGCAUGGCCCUAGCUCUGGCUCCCACCACAGGAGGCAGCCUGUUACUGACAGUUACUAACACUGAGGAGGGAUUUGGGCUCAAGCUGGGGGAGGCCAGCUCCAGCUCGGUGUCCAUCCUUCGUUCUCCCUUCCCCCCACAAUGGGGGGGAAGGGGCUGGGCCAAGCAGGGCCCGCCGGCUCCCCUGACACUAACACUCCACCAGCCUGUCUUUGUGUGGAGGGUCCACGGGGGCAGGGUUAAUAAAGGUGACUUUGUGACCAUA